AGGAUAAUUACCUGUAGUCUGUGUUUCUUCCUGUCAUUUGUGUGUAUGAUAGAUCUCCUUUUACGGCUGUAACAGGAGACUAGCUCAGUGUUCAUGUUUUACUUCACAUGGGGACCUGGGGGUCCUGGUGGACAACAGGAUGACCAUGAGCCAGCACUGUGCCCUUGUGGCCAGGAAGGCCAAUGGCAUCCUGGGGUGUAUUAGAAGGGGGGUGGCUAGUAGAUGGAGAGAGAUCCUCGUUCCCCUCUACUCCGCCCUGGUAAGACCCCAUCUGUAAUAUUGUGUCCAGUUCUGGGCCCCUCAGUUCCAGAAGGACAGGGAACUGCUGGAGAGGGUCCAGCGUAGGGCAACCAAGAUGAUUAAGGGAGUGGAGCAUCUCCCUUAUGAAGAAAGGCUGAGGGAGAUGGGUCUCUUUAGUUUGGAGAAGAGGAGACUGAGGGGUGACCUUAUUAAUGUUUAUAAAUAUAUAAAGGGUGAGUGCCAUGAGGAUGGAGCCAGGCUCUUCUCGGUGGCAAACAAUGAUAGGACAAGGGGUAAUGGGAUCAAGCUGGAACACAAGACGUUCCACUUAAAUUUGAGAAAAAACUUCUUCUCAGUGAGGGUGACAGACACUGGAACAGGCUGCCCGGGGGGGUUGUGGAGUCUCCUUCUCUGGAGACAUUCAAAACCCACCUGGACAUGUUCCUGUGUGACCUCACCUGGGCGUUCCUGCUCCAGCAGGAGGAUUGGACUGGAUGAUCUUUUGAGGUCCCUUCCAAUCCCAAACAUACUGUGAUACUGUGAUUCUUGCUGAAAAAAAAAAUGCCUUUCUGCUUUGGAAAACUAUGGAUGUGUCAUACAAAUAGCAUCAAGUAAAUUAAAUUUGUCAGAUAAUGUUUAUGUUCAUAGUAUAAUGUACAACAUCACAGUUCCCUGGGAGGCAGAGCUCCUCAGGGGAUGUAUCCCAGUGAAAUCUUUCUCCUGGGACAGAAAUGAUGGUUAAAAAUAAAGUGGGGGGGAGGGAAAAGCCCCAUUUGAAAAGCAACCCCAACUUCUUGCGUUCUGCUGGUGUGAAAAAGUCUGUUGGGCAGAGGCUGGAAAUGCCGAAGUUCAGGACACAAGUGUUACCUUUCAUUCCUGGUGCUUGGGAGUUCGCUUUUACGUCUCGUUCAGAGCUGCACGCUCCUUUUUAAACAGUUUGUCAUGUCGGUAGAAAAUAAACAGGUCAUUGAGCCUCUUGGAACCUGUUUUUGUCAGAAAGGGCCGAGUGGCCACUAGAGGACACUCUGCUCUAAGCCAUCAGUUGGGUCCACAGGGGAGCGGGGGGAGCUGAGGGAACUUGCUGAGAUUUCAGAGCCACGUCAGGGCAAAUGAACAGCAGGUCACCUGAGGACCAGACGCAGAAAACCCGCAGUAAGAUCUCCUUUUAUAUCUGGGAAAAAACAUAACUUUCACCAUGUAGGGCAUGGAAUUUGUAAGUUGAAACCCCCAAACCUGACACUCUCCCCAAACGCUCAAGUGACAAAGAAUCUGAAGGGAGAACUUGGGAGGUUUAAAUGUCACUCUUGUUAACUACUGUUUUGUCACGUUAAUUCUGUUGCAGUUUACAGGUUAAAGCAGAUGUGCAGGUUCGUGGGAAACUUUCCUUUGAUCAUCCAGGUAAUGUGGGAUGAGGCUAUGUUUGAAAUUCCUCAAGCACUUUUAUAUCCCAAUGAGCAUUAGUGCCUCAUGGACUUGCUAAGCCCACACUUAGGAUACUGUAUAGUGAUAACCUAAAACAAGCUGGUUUCACUCUAAGUUUGGGUGGGUGGUUUGUUUGUUUGAACAAUAAAAGGUGAUUAAUUCUACUGGAAACAAGUCCUUCCUUUUGCAUCUCAAUUUUAGCAUCCAACGGGGGAGAAAGAAACUGAGGUCUGCAUUUCCUACAGGCCAAACUCAGUCGAUUUCAUUGGGGUUUUUUCCCCUCUCCACUGCUCAGUUGCCUUUAAUUUCUCUCAAAUCCUGACCUAUUUCCAAAUGACGUCCUUGUUGAAAGAAAUUACACCAGCCAAAGGUCUUUGAAGUGAAUCGGCUUUUACUCUGCAUAAGAUACUUUACAGAAUGCUUUCUAUCAGAUGUGGGCGUUUUUGUUUAUGGUUUUCUUUAAAUGUUAUUUAUUUGCAGGUUAUUUAUCUCUGUUAGCGAUCUCCCUUUUAAAAUCACUUCUCUAGGAUUCCACUCUCAUGUCAAUGGUUGGAAAUGUAUUUUUGCUGGAUGUUGUAACUACAUGUAAUAAGAGACAGACUCUAUCUUAAAAAUCUUACUGCCUGAUACACUUGACAGGCGGUUAGAUAAGGUACUAUCAGUUUGCAGAGACUGUGCUGAGCCAAAAAUUUUGGCUUAAAAAACUUGACCCUGGGCCGUCUGCCCUGGGAGCACGGGGUCAUUUUUUGGUCAUUGUCCACAGAGGCGCAUCCUGCAAAAUGCUUCCAGAGAAAUGCCCGAGGAGAAGGUGAGGAGUUAACUGGCUGCUCAAAAAAAAAGAAACAAGGCAAAAAUAAAUCACAAACGAAGAGUUUCUCUUUCAGCACCACAAUUACAGAGGGGUGGGAACAGUCUGAUCUUCAGUGAUGUACAUAAUGGCAGGGGAGGGUGGGCGGUUGGACUGUCAAACUGCCUUAAUUUAAUUGCAAACACAUGCUGAUGAGUCCCCUCCUCCUGGACCUCAGGGCUGGGAAACUUUUUCUUUCCCUGUCAGCUCCCUGCAGUUCAGAAUUGAGGCAAAUCCACUCCAGCAAACACCAGCCAUGCUCAUGAAACCCGCAGCUCUCCCAGGCUUUCUGUGUUUUCUCCUCCUGCCCAGUUUCUCCUGCUCCUGCCCCAGUCGCUGCCUGUGCUUCAGGACCACAGUGAGAUGCAUGCAUCUGAUGCUGGAAACCAUCCCCGAUAUCCCACCCCAGACAAACAUACUAGAUUUACGUUUCAACCACAUCAAGGAGAUACAACCUGGAGCCUUCAGGAGACUGAAGAACCUCAACACACUGCUGCUGAACAAUAAUCAGAUAAAGCAAAUUGUGAGAAGAUCCUUUGAAGAUCUGGAGAACCUCAAAUACCUCUACCUUUAUAAAAAUGAAAUUCAGAGCAUCCAGCAACAUGCCUUCAACGGUCUCCGUUCUCUGGAACAGCUGUACCUGCAUUUCAACCACCUGGAGAGCCUGGAGCCCGAGACUUUCAGUGACCUGCCUAAACUUGAAAGGCUAUUCUUGCACAACAAUAAGAUUUCCAGGAUUCAUCCAGGGACAUUCUCUCAACUGGAAUCCCUCAAACGGCUGCGGCUGGACUCCAACGCUUUGCUUUGCGACUGUGACUUGAUGUGGCUGGCAGAGCUGCUGAAGAAAUAUGCGGAGCAGGGCAGCAUCCAAACUGCCGCCACCUGCGAGGCCCCGCGGGACCUGCACGGCCGCUCCAUCGUCACCCUGACCGCCCAGGACUUCAACUGCGAGAGGCCUCGCAUAACCUCAGAACCCCACGAUGUUGAUGUCCUCUUGGGAAACACAGUUUAUUUCACCUGCAGAGCAGAAGGCAACCCAAAGCCUGCGAUCAUUUGGCUGCACAACAAUAACAAGAUUGACAUGAAAGACGACAACCGCCUGAACCUGUUGCAAGACGGUACCUUGAUGAUCCAGAAUACCAAGGAGUCGGACAAAGGCAUCUACCAGUGCAUGGCCAAGAACGUUGCCGGGGAGGUCAAGACACAAGAAGUUGUCCUGCGCUAUUUUGACACUCCAUCCAAGCCCACUUUUGUGAUCCAGCCGCAGAACACUGAAGUGCUGAUUGGGGAAAGCGUCACCUUGGAGUGCGGGGUCUCUGGGCACCCCCACCCUCGCAUCAGCUGGACCCUUGGCACGGACUCUCCUUUACCGCAGGAUUCCCGUUUCACUAUCACCAGCUCUGGAGGACUCUUCAUUCGGAAUGUCACUUUCUCGGACCAGGGCCAGUACAACUGCAAUGCCAGCAACACCGAGGGAUCCAUCCAGGCAACAGCAAGGGUCAUAGUGCAAGAUUCUCCCAGGUUUCUCCUCAUCCCCACUGAUCAGACAGUAACUGAGGGACAAAGUGUGGACUUUCCCUGCUCUGCCGAGGGUCACCCUCCGCCUGUGAUCACCUGGACGAGGGCAGGGGGGCCGCUGCCAAGCGACCGGAGGCACAGCGUCCUCUCCACAGGCACCCUGCGGGUGACCAGGGUAGCUUUGCACGACCAAGGCCAGUACGAAUGUCACGCCAUCAGCGCCAUUGGAGUGAGGACAAUCCCGGUACAGCUGUCAGUGACCCCUCGAGUGAUACCCGUGUUCCUUCACCCCCCACAAGAUGUGGUGGCAGAGACGGGCCAGGAUGUUGCCAUUUCCUGCACUGCCCAAGGAGAUCCACAGCCAACCAUCACCUGGGUCAAAGAGGGCAUCCAGAUCACGGAGAGUGGCAAGUUCCACAUCAGCCAAGAUGGGACCCUCUCCAUCCACGAUCUCGGCGUGGCUGACCAGGGCAGAUACGAGUGCAUAGCAAGAAACCCCUUUGGCUUCACCUCCAGCGCCAUGCAGCUCUCCAUCACUGCCACGUUUGUCGGUCGGAGCGGCGACACGUUUGUGGCCACGUCGAUCCGAGAAGCCAUCAGCAGCGUGGACCAUGCCAUCAACUCCACACGCACCGAGCUGUUCAGCAAACGCCCCAAGACGCCCAAUGACUUACUGGCUCUUUUCCGUUACCCUCGGGACCCCUACACCCUGGAAACAGCCCGGGCAGGUGAGAUCUUCGAAAGAACUUUGCAGCUGAUCCAGGAACACGUGCAACAAGGUCUCAUUGUGGAUAUGAAUGUCACAGGGUAUCGGUACAACGACUUGGUGUCCCCCCACUACCUGAACAUGAUCGCCAACCUAUCAGGCUGCUCUGCCCACCGCCGCACACCCAACUGCUCCAAUAUCUGCUUCCACAAGAAGUACAGGACCCACGAUGGGUCUUGCAACAACCUCCAGCACCCAAUGUGGGGUGCAUCUCUCACAGCCUUCCAGAGGCUCCUCAAACCUGCCUACCAGAAUGGAUUUAACCUCCCCCGGGGCUUUUCCUUGGCACAAGAUGCCAGGGGGCUGCCCCUUCCUCUACCCCGCCUUGUCUCCACCACCAUGAUCGGGACUGAGACCAUCACCCCCGAUGACCAGUUCACGCACAUGCUCAUGCAGUGGGGACAGUUUCUGGACCACGACAUGGACCAGACGGUGGCAGCCAUCAGCAUGUCCCGCUUCUCGGAUGGAGCACCUUGCAGCCAGGUGUGCAGCAAUGACCCACCUUGCUUCUCCAUUACAGUCCCAGCCAACGACCCCCGUGUUAGGAACGGGCGCUGCAUGUUCUUUGUCCGCUCCAGCCCCGUGUGCGGCAGCGGGAUGACCUCCCUGCUGAUGAACUCUGUCUACGCCAGGGAGCAGAUCAACCACUUGACGUCUUACAUUGAUGCUUCCAAUGUUUACGGCAGCACAGAGCAGGAAUCACGGGAACUGCGGGAUCUGAGCAGCCGAAACGGGCUGCUGAAGCAAGGGCAAGUUGUGGCCAGCUCGGGGAAGCAUCUCCUUCCCUUUGCCGUGGGGCCGCCCACAGAGUGCAUGAGGGAUGAGAACGAGAGCCCCGUGCCAUGCUUCCUGGCCGGGGACCACCGUGCCAAUGAGCAGCUGGGUCUGACAGCCAUGCACACGCUUUGGUUCCGGGAGCACAACCGCAUUGCCACGGAGCUGUCGGCCCUCAACCCCCACUGGGACGGAGAACUCCUGUAUCACGAGGCACGGAAGAUCGUGGGUGCCCAGAUGCAACAUAUCACCUAUGCCCAGUGGCUCCCCAAGGUCCUUGGGGAAGCUGGGAUGAAGAUGUUGGGUGAGUACAAAGGCUACAACCCCAACGUCAAUGCGGGGAUUCUCAACGUCUUCGCCACUGCUGCCUUCCGCUUCGGCCACACCUUGAUCAACCCCGUCCUGUACCGGCUGAACGAAUCCUUCCAGCCCAUCCGCCAAGGCCACGUCCCCCUGCACAAGGCCUUCUUCUCCCCUUUCAGGAUCACACAGGAAGGUGGGAUCGACCCCCUCCUCCGUGGGCUCUUUGGGGUUCCUGGGAAAAUGCGGGUCCCCUCUGAACUCCUCAACAUGGAGCUGACGGAGAAACUCUUCUCCAUGGCACACUCUGUCUCACUGGACUUGGCCGCUAUCAACAUCCAGAGGGGGCGAGACCAUGGCAUCCCACCUUACAACGACUUCAGGGUCUUCUGCAACCUCUCCUCUGCACAGGAGUUUGAGGACCUCAGAACUGAGAUCAAGAACUUUGAGAUCAGGGAAAAGCUUAGGAGCUUAUAUGGGACUGCCAAAAAUAUUGACCUGUUUCCAGCACUGAUGGUGGAGGAUCUUGUCCCUGGUACCAGAGUUGGACCAACGCUGAUGUGCCUGUUAACCACACAGUUUAGAAGGCUGAGGGAUGGAGACAGGUUUUGGUACGAGAAUCCCGGAGUCUUCACACCGGCGCAGCUGACUCAGAUCAGACAGGCAUCCCUUGCUCGUGUCAUCUGUGACAACAGCGACCACAUCCAGCAGCUUCAGAGAGAUGUCUUCCAGGUGGCCUCGUACCCACAGGGCAUGGUCGGCUGCGAAGAGAUUCCUGCGGUGGAUCUCCGCUUGUGGCAGGACUGUUGCGAGGACUGCCAGACACGUGGGCAGUUCAGGGCUCUUUCUCAGCGGUUCCGUGGCAAGAGAUCUCCCGGCUUCAGCUACCCAGAAGAAAACCCUGCCAAACAUCAGCCUGCCUUCCCCAGGAACGAGGCCCCUUCUCCAAGCCCGUCAUCCAGAGAGAAUCUUGAGUCUCUUGUGGCUGAACUGGAGAAGACAGUUGCUUCUCUACAGAAACAGGUGAAUGCACUAGAGAGCCAGCUGAGGUGGCACCACAGUAACAUCAGCACACAUGGACAGGGGAAGAAGACUGGAGACAAAUGGAGGAAAAGAUGACGAUGUUGCCUGUUUCUCUAAGGUGCCCUGUGACCUGCACUCCCCCUCUCCACCGGCCAGUCCAACCCACUCCUAAGGGCUCAGCAACAGCGGCCACGAGCCCCAGCGAUGCUCUGCCUCCUCUCACACCUCCUGUACUGCUGCCUGUCCCCAGACAACUGUACUUCUGCCUGUACUGAACCCUCUGCACUGCCUGUCCACCAUCCCUAUGCCUGUCAGCCACCGUGGGUGGGCUCUGCCCUCUUGGAUGGUGACGGACCAGCCAUCUGCUGAGAUGCCACUUUCUUCUGCAGUCCCUGCAAACAGAGGAUAAUUGAAGCUGCUUUAGUGCCACUGUUCUGCUCUUUUCCUCUUCCCACACAACGCUGUCGUCAUCCACCACCUUUUGUCUGAAAUGUCCCAUGGGCACCCAACCGAAACAAUUCAUUAAGAGGCAAAACCUUUCUUGAAUGCGCUGUAGUGCCAGGAAGCAUCUGGAGAAAUCUUAAAAAAAAAAAAAAAAGAAAGAAUAAACAGACAUGAAACCCAAACCAAACCCUCAGCCAUCUUCUGAUGCCAAGAGAAAGACCGAAAGGAACCUGAGGGCCCUGGCACUGUUUGGGCUGAGCUUGCUGUUCCUGCCAGCCCCGAGGGGGUGACCUCAGGGCUUGGGGAAGUCCCCCGGCUGUUUGGGUGCUCCAGGACGGGAUGCCAGACACGAACCGCAGCCACCCGUGGUGCUGAGAUCAGCUGCUGAGCUUUGCCAGACAUUGGGUACCAAGUGGUGCAUCCUCAGUGACGUGACCCUGCGAGUGACCUACUGUCAUACACCCAGUGCUCAGAAACAUUUUCCUUGCCGUGACCUUAAUUCUCCAACUUUCUGCCCCUUUAGAGGUUUCGUUUGAUUUAUAUUCUGCUUCCUUUUUUUUUUUUGUUGUUUUUCCAAAAGGCUCUUUGUUGGAGCAUGUAUUUGGAGUGUAAACAUAACAGAACCUGUAACAGAACUUCAGAUGAUUAGAUAUACUGGGUGCUCUCAUUAGUGGAGAGGAGCUGCUGGUUUCUGUCAGUUCGUACGGGAGAACAUGGUGUGCAGUAUUUGACACGCGGAUGAAUGCAAAGUGCUGUUUGUGUUUAGUGCUCCCAGGUGCUCUGCAGCUAAGCCAGGACUAUGUAACCAGCUCUGCAGAACAGGUUUGCUGGUUUGGUUGCUCUUUGGAGGUGCUUUUUAGUGGUGCUAGCAAGUCCCUGUGUAUCCACCAUAGCCUCAAAUCUGUUUGGACAGAUUGGUUUUUAAUACAUCUUUGUAAGCUGGUCACAGGGACUAAAGAGAAAAUACUUGAUCCAUUAGAUAUCUGUGCCUUCCUUAUCUUUCCUCUGUCCUCCCACCUUCCUUCCCACAGUGCAAGGACCAGAAACUUUGGUGAAUGUGCUUGUUCUUCUCCCCCUUUGUUUUUUUUUUUUAAUUUUAGUUGUGUUAUAGUACCAAAGGGAUUCAAAGCAGCAGGGAUGCUCAUGGAACUGAACAGGAAAAUAAAAAAGAUACUAGGAAAA